AUGGGAAUAAGGAUACAAUCUGCAGAUGAACUACAAGUGUGUGAAGAGGUUGGUAGGGGUGGAUUUGGUGUAGUAUAUCGAGGAGUAAUAAAGGCGACUAACGAAGAAGUAGCCAUAAAACAAAUAGAUUUGGAGCAUGAACAAACAGACUUAUUUGAAGUUAAUAAAGAAAUUAUGAUAAUAUCAGAAUGUCGGCUCUCUCAGAUUACUCAAUAUUAUGGUUGUUUUGUUAAACAUUACAAGUUAUGGGUGAUAAUGGAAUAUGUAAACGGUGGAUCACUCUUUGACUUAUUGAAACCUGGGGCUGUCACUGAUGAGAAAGUAAUCCUGAUAAUCACAAAGGAAAUCCUAAUUGCUCUAGAGUAUUUGCAUGAGCAAGGUAAAAUACAUCGAGAUUUGAAAUCUCAGAAUAUUUUGCUAAACCAAACAGGGGAGGUGAAAUUAACAGAUUUUGGGGUUUCUACUCAAUUGUCUUCGAACUUUUCACGAAGAAAUACAACUGUCGGCACACCAUAUUGGAUGGCACCAGAAGUUAUUUUGAACAAUAAUGGUGGUCAUAGCUUUAAGGCAGAUAUAUGGUCCUUGGGCUGCUGUGCUUAUGAAUUAUUUACAGGGAAGCCUCCGUUGCAAAAUCAUUUCACCCCAAUGAAGGCCUUAAGACAAAUUUCGAGGUGCCAUUAUGAAAAUAACUUUACUGAACUUAUAGGUUUGGAUGAUCUUGAAAUUUCUGAUUCUUUCAAGGAUUUUUUGUGCCUGUGUUUUGUAAUUGAUCCUAAGGAAAGAUUUUCUGCCACUAAAUUACUAAAACAUAAAUUUAUAACGAACGCUUCGUCAUCUGUUAAUGACCAAAAAAAAUUAGUUAAAAAACUAAUAACAAAUAAACGAAGAUGGGAUCAAGAGAACCACGUCACCAUAAAGCAAAAUUAUUACGUACCAACGGAAAUAAGGAACAAUCAGCAAAAAUGGAAUGAAGGAGAACUAGACGAACAGAAAACAAUUCAUUUUGACAUCAGUCUGAUACAGUAUUCUUCUUCCGAAAAACCAACUAUUCAGUUCCCUCCUAGUCCUACAAUGUCCCAGAAGUCAUCCAGAGAAUCAUCUUUGUCACCUACCUCUGAUAAACAAGAAAUCAACAAGGAUCCGCCUUUACCUAAGCUCAACUAUCAAUCUUUAUCAAAAAUAAACACAAAGCAGGAGAAUUUAAAGAAAACAAUUGAGCCUGAACUUCAUAAAAUAUUAAACAAAGUGUUUCAAAAACUAGACUCUAAAUGCAGUUUGUCUACGCAACAGUACGAUUUAUUAGUAUCCCUUAAUGAUAAUAUGCUAAAACUUGUUAGUUUCAUUCAAUAUUCUGAGCCAAAUAAUACGCCUUAUAAUAAGCUUCUAUUUUGCCAGUAUAUGAAAUACUUUUUGAAGGAACUCUUAAAAAUACCAGCAGAUAAGCAAACAGAAAACAACCCUCGAUCUACGUUGCAAAGGUUAAUUAUUCCCUCAAAUUUGAAUGUCAAAUUGAACACAUUAAAGACCAUAUCUGAUACUGCAACUAUGGCUACUUUAAACAAUAAAUCUUUUACGCAAUUUGAUGAAAUUGAAUUUAGCUUGUUUGAAACAUGGAUUGAUAAAAUGACUGAAAACGCAUCGCAAGACAAUCAAGUGUAUAAAUAG